AUGUCCAGCAGUAGAGGAAGCUCCGGCGGCUUGCCGGUCGGCGGUGGAGGCGGAAGAGACGGCGGUGGUGCGGAGGUGGCGAGGGCGCCGCCGGAGUCGGGUGGUGGGGGACCCCUGGUGGGUGGUGGAGAUGGCGGGGGCGUCGAGCUCCAAGAGAUUAGCGUCGAUGGCGGUUCGUCGGCGGUGGCGGAGGCGACGAAGGUCGCCAGAGCCGGCGGGAGGCGGGAAUGGCGGGGGAGCUUGGCAAAGGGAGGGGAAAAGGACGUUGAGGCAAAGGCCGCCGGAACGGGGAGAUGGGAGCGGUUCGUGGGUGGCAGCGGAGCGCGGCGGUGCCGGAAGGGAGGCAGGGGGUGGUGGGGGAGCUCGAGGGAGAUGGAGGAAAGAGGUGGCGUUGUGGGGAGACGGAGGAUAUAG